AGUAACUAGAGUUGCUUCCCUUUUCUGUCAUGGCCGCGUCCAUGCCGUUGUCAUUGUCGAAAACUGCUGUUUGAUUUUUGGAGUUUUUUGCUGUCGUAGAAACAGUAAUUAACGUUUGUAAAGCUUGAUACAAUUCAUGAAAGGAGAGGGAAACAGCUCUUGGGGACACCAUGGCAAUCAAACAGUUGUUACAGUUGGUAGGAUCUAGAGCUCUGAGGAUGCAGUUACUCUUGAUAUCCAGUUCCUCCUUCAAGCCUACACAUGCACUGCCCUGUUCCAGCUGCCACCAUAGACGGAUACACACUACUAAGUCACAGUUGACCUGUGACCCUCAAGAAUGGAGUAACCAGUUUCAUCUUGAACCUCCGGAACUUGAUUUUCAAUAUUUGUGUGAUGAGUCUAAAGCUGCAUCAAUUAAGCAGAAUAUUCUGAACAGGAAAGGGAUUGGUGACCUUGACAAAGUGCAUCAGCUUUGGAGGGAUUACCAUAAAGAAACCAAUGAUGUUUACAAAAAUAUUCGCUGGCAAGAGUUACUGAAGGCUGCUAGUGAAAUCCCAAACUCUACUCAUCCACAGUCUCCUAUGGGAGAGGAAUCAAAUGCAAACCUUGUGGAGAUUGUUGGAGAUAGAAAAGAAUUCCAGUUUAAGCCUAAAACUGUUGUUCAACUUGGAGAAGAUCUUGACCUGUUAAGAACUGAUAAUGUUUCACUGACAACAGGUCACAGGACGUAUUACUUGAAACGUGAUUUGGCCAAAAUGGAGCAGGCCCUUGUCCGAUUUACUUUGGAUAAUCUCAUUAGAAAGGGCUUUCAGCUGGUUUCUGUGCCUGAUAUGAUCCAUCCUAAAAUCAUUGAGUCGUGUGGAUUCAAUACGACAGGGGAGAGAACUCAAGUGUAUCGACUGGAUCCAGAUAACCAUGGUGAUGUGUGCUUGGCAGGGACAUCAGAGAUGCCUCUUGCAGGUUAUUUUGUUAAUGAAUUAUUGAAGACCGAACAGCUGCCAGUAAGACUUACGGCUGUUAGCCGUUGUUAUAGAGCAGAAACCUCGGAACUACAGGAAGAAAAGGGAAUCUACAGAGUUCAUCAGUUUACAAAGGUGGAAAUGUUUGCAGUAACUAACAGCUUGCAGAGUGGUGAGAUGCUAAAAGAACUACUUUCCAUUGAGAAGGAGCUUUUCACAAAACUGGGUUUACACUUCAGAAUACUGGAUAUGCCUACAGAAGAACUGGGUGCCCCUGCAUAUAAAAAGUUUGAUAUUGAAGCUUGGAUGCCAGCAAAAGAAUUCUGGGGAGAGAUUUCCAGUUGCUCCAACUGUACUGAUUUCCAGAGUCGAAGACUCCAUAUAAAACAUGGAAGGAAUGUAACAGACUCCACACAUGUUCAUACAGUGAAUGGUACAGCUUGUGCAGUGCCAAGGAUGAUAAUGGCAAUUCUUGAAAAUAACCAACAGCAGGAUGGCACCAUCCUCAUUCCAGAAGCAUUACAUCCAUAUAUGAACUGCUCAGUGCUACGACGACCAGAACAUCCACAUACGAUGAAAUUUAUCAAGAGCAAAAAAUUAAAAACAAAAAAAUGAAUUUCUGGUGUGCUUUUUCUCUGUUUUCUACAUUUCACAAAACAUUUGCACUGAUCUUGGAAGAUCAGCUUAACCAAGCCUUUCGGUUCACUGUUAUACUCAUCAGGAAAAAAUAGUUCUAUUACAUCAUUUGUGUUAAUAUUUGCAGCAUAUUAAAGGUAGUCUCAAA